AUGACGUAUUCAUUGGAUUGCUUUUUAUCACAUGUUUUUACUUUUGAAAUUCAAUAUGCUAGAAUGGUUUGGUAAAUUAUUAUGCCAUUUCUUUAUAUUACAUUCUUUUUAUUGUGUUAUUUGCUUGCUGUUAAAUUUAAGAAUAUAACUUAUAAUAGAAGUGUCAAAACAACUACCCUUAUCUAUAUGUACAUCUAUUUAUAGCCAAGUUUAAUUGGAGGAUUCGUUCAACUGAUCUCAUACAGAGAAAUAUCAGGUUAUAGAUGGGUAUAAUCCAAUGUUUCUUAGAGAUUUGAUACUCCUUAUCAUGUAAGAUGGAUGAUUGAAUUUUGUUUGCCUAUGCUUUUGGUUCUGGCUAUUCUCAUCCCAAUCUAUUUCUUUUAAGGUCUUUACAAUAAUUCACACUAAUUAGAUGAAAAGAAAGUUAGGCUAUAGUGGGGUUAUCUCUAUAAUGAAUACACUAAAACAGCCUAUUUUUGGGAAGUGAUCAAAAUAUUGCAGAAAGAAUUAAUGAUCAUUUUUUUAACUUAUUAUGAUGACAGUGUCAUUAUUAAAGCUACUAUCAUUUCAUUAAUUAUAGGAGUGUAUUUAGAAUUAAGUCUAAAGUACAAACCUUAUAAUCUGAAUAAUCUGAUAUAAAAUUGCACUCGGAUAUAAAUGGAAAUAAAUAUAGGAGUUCAAGAGACUGUUGAGAUCCCACGUGUUUAAUCUUUUAUAGAUAAAAUAUUUAAAUAGAAUUCCUUGAUGGAGCAAGAGAUUAAUGAAAAUAAAGCUAUAGGAAUUAAGAUAUUUGAGGAUAUUACAGAUAUGUAAUCAACAAAGCAUAAACAUCUUUGUGAAGAAAUUCCUUAAGAUGAAAGCCGAGAUGUAAAAGAAAUAUUAUAGAUUAUAGGUGCUGUAUAUUUAUUUGGAUUAUUCGUUUUUCCAAAUUAACCUAGAGCAUUGAUGCCUUGGCUAUAGAAACAAAUCAGAUCAGAAUAUAACCAAUUCCUAAUCUGAAUUUGAUUAAUAGAACAUAAGAGUA